CCACUGUGUCAAGGUCAUCUGCGGGGAGUGAGCACACACCUUUUCGUCCCACACUACACACCUACGUGUGUAAACCUCUGCCACUCUACGCAUCACACUCCUACGUGUGAAAACCUCUGACACUCUACACAGCUACCGUACGUGCGUAAACCUCUGCUAACUGUCCCACACUACACAUCUAGAUGUGCUGAGUCGUGAGGAAGCUUCCCCUCUCGAAGGUGUACCAGCACUCAGCUACACCACACCCCAUGAAACAGCCGCAAGUCGACGAGGAUCGAACACAACGCAGCAUCACCUCAAGAAAUAAUCACACAAGUCUGCAAACAUUAAAAAACGACGUAACAUCCCCUAUUAAAACAAUACCACAAGUUUGCUGACAUAAAAAAACGCAACACCAUCAUAUGAAACAACUACGUCUGCGAACGUCAAAUCAUCGCAAUAAAUACUGGCCCUAACUAGAAAUCUCUGCGCCCAUGGGACAUUCAAAACACGUUGUAAGACAACCAGAAGCUCAGGUCAUGGGACAUUCAAAAUUCUUUGCAAGACGAGUAAAAGCCAAAACAUGAGACUCACGCGACCAAGUGAAGGACAAACGUACUCGUCGCUCACGUCACGAGUUAGGUUAUCCAAGCCCCAGACCCGCUAAAUGUGGCGGAGAUUUUGCUGUUUGUGUCCACAGGCCGGAGAUCCGGCAUGUCACACACUGCGCAGGUGGCUGAGGCCAGGGACUGAUCUACAGCGGAUAUCCUCUUACUCUUUUUCCUAUUUUGCCACGUCUUGAAAUUCCAAUUGCGCGGCGUUUUUUUCCGUGGCGAAAUAAUUGUCCACACAGCUUUUUUUGUGGUGAUAUUUUGUGGUGAUAUUGUGUGUGGUAUUGCGUGAGUUAUUGUGUGAUAAUAUAGUGUGUGGUAUUGUGUGGUGAUGAUAUAUGGUGACAUUGUUGUACGGUGACCUUGUAGGAUUAUUAAGGCAGUGUAUCUGACUCUGUCUCUGUUUCGCAAUGACCUGAUUAAACUUACAGAGGACUGGACGCAAACCCAUUCCUGUUUUCAAUAGGAAAUAGCCAGCUGUCCGUUUUUUGAGGGCGGCUGUGGGUGGGAAGCUAACAGCAUGGGUCAGAAAAUGGCGAAGAAGGAGAUGGAGAAGGCCCAAGGCUUGUAUAACGAGCAGCGGUUUGACGAAGCUACACAGGCUUGGCUGAGGGCUCUCAAACAUCUCGCCCAGCCCGUGGAGAAAUUCAAGGUGUGUGGAAAAAUCUGCACGUCUCUGUGUGACGUAGGCAAAUACCGAGACGCGCUCACGUACGCCGGCCAGCAGUGUGAGAUCGCUAACGGUCUCAGUGACGUCAUGCUCAAGUCGGAGGCCUACUACAACAUCGCAGUGUGUAACGAGAAAUCGUGCGAGUUCAGCAAAGCCAUCUCCUACUGCCGGAACGCCCAGCAGUGUGGCACGGACAAGUCCCCACUCAAGGGUCGCCUGUCUCUUUGUCUAGGCAACGCCUUCUUGGGCAGCAGCGACUUCCUGAAGGCCUGGAACAACUACGUGGUGGCCAUGGAUAAGGCCAAGGCGGCAGACGACAGGCUCCUGGAGCUGCUCACUUCCGCCCGCAUGGGCACGCUCUUCUGCUGUGUGGGAGACUUGGCUGCAGUGAUGCUUGUGUCACGAUUGCUCCCCCUGUUCCCCCAGGCUAUGGAGCUAAAUGAAAAAGCCCUGGAGCUGGCCACAAGAGUGGGAUGUAAGCUAGAGAUGUUGCGUUGCCAUGCACGCCUCAAGUUGCUAUGCGAGGCCCGUGGUGAGGACGACGAGGAGGAGAGAAGCCUGUGCUUACGCCAUGAGGGUGUGAUGAGACAGCUAGUCCUGGAGAUGGACCUGUACUGUGGGGUAUGUGACCAGGUCAUAGGUCAGAGCCCUGAGCGGCUGGAACCCUUGUCCUGUGGUCACUUCAUUCACGCCAGAUGCGCUAUCCACCUGGCCCGCUCCACCCUGGGACGGUCCAGCAAACGGCGGCCAUGUCCAGCCUGUCGGAGGAACAUGGCCUUGAACCCUGCCUUCCAGGAGACCUCGUGACCUCAAAGGUCAUGGCAAAUAUGAACUCUGACCUUUCUCAUCGUGCGUGGCUGUGUGGGUGGUGGUUAGUGUGAGGGUUGUUGUGUGGUGGUUGGUGUGAGGGUGAUUGUGUGGUGUUAGUGUGAGGGUGAUUGUGAGGUGUCAGUGUGAGGGUGAAGGGGAUUGUGUGGUGGUGUGAGGGUGAUUGUGUGGUGGUGUCAUUAUAAGAGUGAUUUUGUGUGUGUUUGUGUGUGUGUAUUUGUGUGUGUGUGUGUGUGUGUGUGUGUGUGUGUGUGUGUGUGAGUGUGUUUACAUAUUAUAUGCAUACCUGGCGGAAAAACAGAUGAAUAUAGAAAAGAGACGAAUAGGGGAACCUACACACACACAAACACACCGAGAGAGAGAGAGAGAGAGAGAGAGAGAGAGAGAGAGAGAGAGAGAGAGA